GUAUUACAAUACAGUUCUCUCCCGUCAGCUUCUGUACACUACUUUGUAUGGCUCUGCAUAGCAGUGUGAUUACAGUGAAGCACACACCUCUAGUAAAAAACACUCCCUGCACAGAGUUAACCCUUUGAUCACCCCCAUGUUAACCCCUUCCUGCCCAUCGCUGUUAACCCCUUCCUGCCCAGUGUCAUUAGUAGCGUCAGUGCUUUUUUUAUUAGCACUGAUCACUGUAUUGGUGUCACUGGGGAUGUCAGCGACACCAAGUCAGUUUUCCCCCCAGUGUCAGAAUGCCCGCCGCAGUCCUGCUAUAAGUCGCUGA